GGAGUAACUAGUUCAUCGCCGAUAUAAUCUAUUCAAAAUAGCGUUAGGUUAAAGUUCGCCUUUGACAUGGAAUGCCUGUAGUGGUGAGAUAAGACCACACACGGUUUCAUUAACAUUUAUCUUAAUCAACUUUUGUAAUAGCAAUAGCCUAUAACCUGACAGAAUGGCUGCGGGCGAAGAAAUAUUCUUGAGAGCCAAAGGACGGACGUUUGUGGGACUGACAGAAGAUGCUGAGAAAGAGUGGCGCGGUCCUUUCUGUUUCAUUCAGGCGGCUGACCCCCAGCUAGGCCUCAUGAAGGCCUGGAGGAUCGGGGACAACGAUGGGGGAGGGGACGAGUGGGCCGAAGAGGUCCAGCUCACCAGACAGGCUGUCCAGGCCGUCAACAAAUUGAGCCCCAGGCCUCGCUUCAUGAUCCUGUGUGGGGACCUCGUCCAUGCCAUGCCAGGUACGCCGUAUCGAGAGGGACAAGAGCGGGACCUCAAGGACGCCCUGCGUGGCACUGACCCUGGCAUCCCGCUGGUGUUCGUCAGUGGCAACCACGAUCUGGGCAACACGCCUACGCCGGCGACGGUGUCCGACUACUGCAGUGCCUGGGGCGAUGACUACUUCUCCUUCUGGGUGGGCGGCGUGCGCUGCCUGGUCCUCAACUCGCAGCUCUUCUUCGACGCAUCGGCCUGUCCGGCCCUCCGCGACGCCCAGGACGCCUGGCUGGAGGAGCAGCUGCAGUCCGAAACCCUCCGGCCCUCGCGCCACCUUCUGGUCUUCCAGCACAUUCCUCUCUACCUGCGACGGCCCGACGAGGACGACGACUACUUCAACCUGCAGACGGCCAUCAGGGAGAACCUCAUCACGAGGUUCAAGAAUGCAGGCGUGAAGGCCGUCUUCUCUGGCCACUACCACCGCAACGCCGGGGGGUGUUUCGACGGCCUGGACAUGGUGGUGAGCUCGGCUAUCGGUUGCCAGCUGGGGGAGGACACCCAUGGCGUGAGGGUGGUGGUAGUGACCGCCGACCGCGUCGUCCAUCGGUACAUCAGCCUGGACCAACUGAAGGACAGGGGCAUGGAUGAGGACCUGAAGCAGCUACUGACCUCAUCUACCUGAAGAAAAUGACAGGACUGGAGAAAGUUCCAUAUUAUAGAGCAGGGACAAAAAAAAACUAACCCCAGUUAGCCGAGUGUUCUUUUUAUCUCAGGUUUGACAGAAGAAGGCUGUCAGGGCCUGAGAGUUUCUUUUUCGAUUUUUAUUUUCAGCUCUGUAUCUCUAAUUUUCUCUGACCAUAUUCUGACCAUGACCAUAUUCUGUCUUUACCUCAAGUAUGCUGUACUGCCAUGGACGGUCAUCAAACUAUUUUGACGCUAGAGCAAAAGAAAAAAUCUGUAUGUAGCAUACAACACUAUAGCCCCAGAGUUUCAGUGAGGCUAGUUAUUUACUGAAAACAAGCCUCUUUGUGUUUUUGUUUGAUCUCUUUUUGUAUAAUAAUUGGCAGUGUGUCAUUUGGAUGCACUGACUGCUUUUUCGAGUUGGACGAGUUCACCCCCAAGCAUCUCUCUGCCCAUUCCACUUAUCAGACCAAAAGAGGCAGGAACAGGGAUGGGGGGUGGGUUUCCAUGGAAACCAUUGAGAAACACAGCCGUGAUGCGAUGACCAGGACUGAGAGGCAUGUUUGGUGGGUGGAUUGUCAAAGACGCUAGCACUGAUCUCAUUUCACACGUUUAGUUUUGGCCUCCCUUUUCAGAGGCACUGUAUUUUGACAGGUUGGGGGGGUUGUGAUGAGAUGGCUGCGAUGUGGCGAGGAAGCAUCCAAACAUUCGUCAAUCUCCCCUUAUGUGACGUUUCAAGUCUUAUUUUCCUCAUGGCUCCAUUUAGGUUGAUAUGACUCAGAGUUAACUUGUCACUCAACUGAGACAGAACAAAUUUAUCCUUUACAUAUGGGCCAUUUCCUGCCCAAUGGCACUCUGAGAAGCAUCUUAAUGUUUCAUCUUAGAUUAAUGUAUAUUUUUGAUUACUAAUAAACCAAAUGAUGAAAUUAUCAUA